GCGCCGGCGACCAUGGCGUUCGCCGGGCUGGAGCGAGUACAUUAACCCCGGGAGGCGGCGGCGGCGACGAGGGAGCGAGCUGCGAGCGGGCGGGCCCAGCCUGAGGGAAGGGAGGAAGGGGCGGGGAGAGCGCCGGAGGGAGGCCGGUCGGCCGCGGGCGGGCGGGCAGCGCAGCGCCGAGCGGGGCCCGCGGGCCCAUGAGGAGGCCCGGGGACCAUGGGCUCCAGGAUCAAGCAGAACCCAGAGACCACGUUUGAAGUGUAUGUUGAAGUGGCCUAUCCUAGGACAGGUGGCACUCUUUCAGGAAGUUCUACAGACUUUGACCAAGUUUUGUUUCCCCUUCUAUGUGGACAGCCUCACAGUUAGCCAAGUUGGCCAGAACUUCACGUUCGUGCUCACUGACAUUGACAGCAAACAGAGAUUCGGGUUCUGCCGCUUAUCUUCAGGGGCGAAGAGCUGCUUCUGUAUCUUAAGCUAUCUCCCCUGGUUCGAAGUAUUUUAUAAGCUGCUUAACAUCUUGGCGGAUUACACGACAAAAGGCCAGGAAAAUCAGUGGAAUGAGCUUCUUGAAACUCUGCACAAACUUCCCAUUCCUGACCCAGGAGUGUCUGUUCAUCUCAGCGUGCAUUCUUAUUUUACUGUGCCUGAUACCAGAGAACUUCCCAGCAUACCUGAAAAUAGAAAUCUGACAGAAUAUUUUGUGGCUGUGGAUGUAAACAACAUGUUACAUCUGUAUGCCAGUAUGCUGUAUGAACGCCGGAUUCUCAUCAUCUGCAGCAAACUCAGCACUUUGACUGCCUGCAUCCACGGGUCUGCCGCGAUGCUCUACCCCAUGUUCUGGCAGCACGUGUACAUCCCCGUCCUUCCUCCACACCUGUUGGACUACUGCUGUGCUCCCAUGCCCUACCUCAUAGGAAUCCAUUUAAGUUUAAUGGAGAAAGUCAGAAACAUGGCCCUGGAUGAUGUCGUGAUCCUCAACGUGGACACCAACACCCUGGAAACUCCCUUUGAUGACCUCCAGAGCCUCCCAAAUGAUGUGAUCUCUUCACUGAAGAACCGGCUGAAGAAGGUCUCCACAACUACGGGGGAUGGUGUGGCCAGGGCCUUCCUCAAAGCCCAGGCCGCUUUCUUUGGCAGCUACCGAAACGCUCUGAAAAUUGAGCCAGAGGAGCCAAUCACCUUCUGUGAAGAAGCCUUUGUGUCCCAUUAUCGCUCGGGAGCCAUGAGGCAGUUCCUGCAGAAUGCCAUCCAGCUACAGCUCUUCAAACAGUUUAUCGAUGGUAGACUGGAUCUUCUCAAUUCUGGCGAAGGUUUCAGUGACGUUUUUGAAGAGGAGAUCAGCAUGGGCGAGUAUGCUGGCAGCGAUAAACUCUACCAUCAGUGGCUCUCCACAGUCCGGAAAGGAAGCGGAGCCAUUCUGAAUACCGUAAAAACAAAGGCGAACCCAGCUAUGAAGACUGUCUAUAAGUUUGCAAAAGAUCAUGCAAAAAUGGGAAUAAAAGAGGUGAAAAACCGCUUGAAGCAAAAGGACAUCACCGAGAAUGGCUGUGCCCCCACCAUGGAAGAGCAGCCGCCAAAGACUGUGCCGUCCCCACUGGUGGAGACCAAGGACCCUAAGCUCCGAGAAGACCGGAGGCCAAUCACUGUCCACUUCGGACAGCCACAAAGACUCCGUCCCACUCGCCCGCCGCCUCCCAAGAUACAGCGCUCGAGGCCCGUGCGCCCUCCCCGUCCACAUGUGGUAAAGAGACCAAAGAGCAACAUCACGGUGGAAGGCCGGAGGACGUCCGUCUCAAGCCCCGAGCACCUGGUAAAGCCCUUGCGACACUAUGCGGUCUUCCUCUCCGAAGACUCCUCUGACGAUGAAUGCCAGCGGGAAGAGGGCCCGAGCUCUGGCUUCACCGAAAGCUUUUUCUUCUCCGCUCCCUUUGAAUGGCCUCAGCCAUAUCGGACACUCAAGGAGUCAGACAGCGCAGAAGGUGACGAGGCAGAGAGCCCAGAGCAGCGAGUGCGGGAGCCCACAGGCCCUGCCCCAGCUCCACCUGACCGAGCUGCCAGCAUCGACCUCCUGGAGGACGUCUUCAACAACCUGGACAUGGAUGUCCCACUGCAGCCACUGGGCCAGGCCAAGAGCUUGGAGGACCUUCGGACCCCCAAAGACCUGAGGGAGCAGCCAGGAACCUUUGACUAUCAGAGGCUGGACCUGAACAGGAGCGACAGGAGCCGCGGGAUGCCAAUGGCCUUGAAGCUCACCCACCCGUACAACAAGCUCUGGAGCCUGGGCCAGGACGACAUGGCCAUCCCCAGCAAGCUCCCGGCCAGCUCCCCUGAGAAGCCCUCAUCCCUGCUUGGGAGCUCCCUGGCUCUGCCCCGCAGGCCACCGGCCCAGGACAGCAUCCUGAACCCCAGUGACAAGGAGGAGGCGCCCACCCCGACUCCAGGCAGCAUUACCAUCCCCCGGCCUCAGGGCAGGAAGACCCCGGAGUUGGGCAUCGUGCCUCCGCCCCCCACUGCCCGCCCGGCCAAACUUCAGGCGGCCAGCGCCGCCCUCGGGGACUUCUCAGAGCGGCCGCAGGCUGAGUGGGAAAGGCGAGCCCCCCUGAGUCCAGCCCCGUUCCCCGGGCUCCUCCCCAGCGCCGCCCGCCAAGGACCCACCGAACCACUGCAGCCGCUCAGCCUGGCCCCAGGGGCUGCAGGCACAAGUGGUGACUCCCUGCUGGCCCUCCUGGACCCACUUAACACAGCCUGGCCAGGCAGUACCCUUCCACCAGGACCUUCAGCCCCUAAUGUAGCCACCUCAUUCACACCCCAGUUCAGCUUCCCCCCAACAGGGACCCCCACCCCAUUUCCACAGCCAUCGCUCAAUCCCUUUGUGCCAACCGUGCCAGCGGCUCUGCCUGCCAUGCCCCUGGUCUCCACACCAGCCGGGCCUUUUGGGGCCCCUCCUGCUCCCCUGGGGCCAGCUUUUGCCCCCAGCCUCCUGCUGUCCAGUUCUGGCUUCUGUGUCCCACAUAGAUCUCAGCCCAACCUGUCUGCCCUCUCCAUGCCUAACCUCUUCGGCCAGAUGCCCAUGGGUGCCCACACCAGUCCCCUGCAGCCCCUGGGCCCCCCAAUGGUCGCCCCUUCGAGGAUCCGAACAUUGCCCCUGGCCCGCUCAAGUGCCAGGGCCGCUGAGGCCAAGCAGGGGCUGGCCCUGAGGCCCGGAGAAGCCCCCCUCCUUCCUCCCAGACCCCCGCAGGGCCUGGAGCCAGCACUGCAGCCCUCUGCUCCUCAAGAGGCCAGAGACCCCUUUGAGGAUUUGUUACGGAAAACCAAGCAAGAUGUGAGCCCGGCCCCUGCCCCAGGCUCAGUAGAGCAGCUCAGGAAGCAGUGGGAGACCUUCGAGUGAGCCAGGCGCCGAGAGCGAGGGCAAGCCGGGCCACGCGCUGUGCCGCCCACCGCUGUGCUCCGAGGCUGGCCGGCCCUGCUUCCCCUGCUGUUCUGUUUCCGCCCAGGUUCUGCCAGUGGGAAGGGAUGGGUCCCCCUCUCUGCCGCCCCUCUUUCCCCUCCACGCCACCCAUCUCUGAGGUCUGGCCGCUAGCAGAUGGUGCCAGUUCCGGCCUGGGAAUGGACCCAGCUCCUGGGUGCCCACCCCAGUAGCCCUGCCAUCACCCCUCCCCUGCACCCUUGAUUAGGUUUUGCACUAAAGAGGUCAGCUGGGUGAAUGACUGCCCCAGACCAAGUCCUACCCACCGUCCCCCUGGAAACCUCCCGCCGGGAGCCCCAGGGCUCCACAAGGCCUCCCCUCCCCAGCUCUGUUCUCUUGCCCCAGCUGCAGCCCGGCCCUGCACACCCCCGCAGGAACCAGCACAGGCAUCGGUGGUGGCCUCGGUGUGAGCUCGUCUAUACCAGACACAUGUGGUCUGGAGUUUGGAGUAAGGAGCCCCCCUCCCGGGCUGGAGAGCCUGCCUACCUGGAAGGGCAUUUACAACCUCUCUAGCAAUACCCUCACUCGUUCUUUCUUUCUUGAGUCUUCACCCAACCCCAACCUUCAGUUGUUUCUGGCUUGGGAGGGAUUUGGGGCUGAGGGAUCCUUGGGAACCCUCUGACAGCCAAACACAGUCGCAGCCAGCCCUGCGUGGGGGCUGGGAGCACCAGCAACUCUUGAUUCGUAGAAGAGAAAAUAGCAACAGGUAAACUGAGUGCAUCCGGAGGAGUCGGGCUGCCGUCCUGUGCUCUGCCUCUAGUAUGUACUGAAAUGGGGCCCAGCUUCUUGUCGCGUGGGACCUCAGGGGAAGAGCUGAGAAGCAGGCACCCAGAUCCCAACUGGGAAGCCAAGCUGAAUGCCACAGACUGAUGCAAGAGUCCCAGCUGCUGUUCAGGAAUGGGCAGGGGCUCUGAGCCCUUCUCCAGGCCCUGGGGGAGUGCAUGAACUUGGCUUCUUGCAGCCUGGAGGCCGGAGAAGGGCCAGGAGCCACCCCGUCCCCCACCCACAUAGCGUAGAAAUUCCUGAGGCCCACGUCACCAAAGCUAAAUUGAAAUGUUUUGUUAUUGUUUCUUUUAUCUAUCUUUUCCUUUCUACUUUAUUGAUUUGACGAUUCUUAAAAUUGACUAGUUUCAAUAAACUGAGUUAAAAUACGGCCCAACCAUUUAAGAAAACAACCAUCUGAGACAUGCAGGAAAUUGUGAGCAUUUUGACCUGAUUUCUCAUUUCCUAUUUGUGAAUGGUCAGACACACAGUCUCAGAGGUGUCUGACAGGGCCAGGGGGCUCCUGGAGGCCCCCGGAACCCCAAGGAGCCUUGUCAUCGUCUGAGGGACCCUGUGUGGGUCCGUGAGGCCGGGAGGGCUGGCCCGGAGUUUCUCGGACACCAGGUGCGAGGAGCUGCUGGCACACAGCCCCUUCCUGAGCCGGUCACGGCCCCUUGGGCAAGCCCUCUCUCUCUCUCAAUCUCUGCGUGUUCUCGGCCCGCUGAGGUGGCGAGGGAGCCACGUGGUGUCUGGGCACAUGGGCACCUCCAGGAUUCUCAGGUGUUUCCGCACCGGUUCCAGAUCCACCCACCCACCCCGGGCAGCCCCCCAAGCCCCAUCGGAGACAAAGUGUGAGAUGAGGGAUGCUGUGGGGCCCCAGGGAAGCAGAGCCCACCCCGUGGUCGGUCUCCCCGGCUGUGCUGGGGGCUGGUGGCGAGCACUCCGUGUUCUCGAGAGCAUUGUUGUCUCUUCACUGGCUGGAUUGAAUUUGCACCCAAGGGUGAAUGUUGUGUGUGCGUUCAAUAAAAUCUUCUUGGGGAGAA